AUGUCUCGCAGAGGAGCCGACCCCGAACCUCACCUCAUGCGAGCCUACACCUGCCCAUGGGCGGGCCCUUCACCCCCUGCCCAAUCACACCACUGCAUGCUGCAAUAUCGCAGCGCUUGCCUGCACCUGCACGACGCCGACCAUCCGUCCAUCCAUCCGUCGUCCAUCAUCCAUCCUCCGCAGCUGUGCGCGCUGGAUUGCGGCUUGUCGGCGCCCAGACGGCCGCAUGACGACGUCACCAACGCGGCCAAGAAGCACCGAGGAGGAGCCCACACGGGAGACUGUUUGUCCUUCCUCUUCAUCUUCUUCAUCGCGUCAUUGUUUGCCUCACUUGACAUCCGCGUGGAGCCCAUGUUCACUCCACCAGGCGGGGCCCCUGCUCCGGGCCAAGCAGGGGCUGCCGGACCCUCACUGCCUUCAUCCGUGCCCUCCAUUCACCCUGCUGUGGUUCCGCCCACUUGUAACACCGUGAGGACUCGUUCUAUUGGCACCAACACGCAGGAAGUUGCCCUUCCUGCCACGCCAAACUCCGAUGCUGACUUCCUUGGCCCCUGCCAGCCAGGGACCAGCGUCAAUCUGGAGGGUAUUGUAUGGCAUGAAACUCAAGAAGGCGUGUUGGUGGUCAACGUGACGUGGAGGAAGAGGACCUAUGUGGGAACACUGUUGGACUGCACCAAACUUGAUUGGGCCCCUCCCAGGUUUUGUGAGUCUCCGUCCAGUGACCUGGAAAUGCCAGGUGGUCGUGGCCGGGGAAAAAGACUGCGUCUCGCUUUAGCAGAUCGGCCCUGUGGCAAUGCGGCACCGCCAGUUAAAAUGCGAGGCCUGCCACAGCACCGAAGCCGGGGCGGUGGCAUAGCGGCUUCACCAGUGCACAGCAAAGGCCGGCGUGGUAGUUUAAAACUCCUUAGCAACUGCAGAGCUUCUCCGCCUUUCUUCAGCACAGAGGAAACCAAACCUGCCAACCGGGCCUCAGUCCUCCCUUCCGGCAAGCGGAAGAACAAACCACCGGCUAACCUGGACCUCACUUUGGUUUCCUCAGAGGACAUUAAGAACGGAAAUGGGAAGAGGAUACGGGCUAAAUGCCGCAGCGCCCCGUCCACUCCACAGGGUAAGUCUGACCCCUCUUUCCUGGACCCGGGGGGAGGUUGCACCUCAUCGCCUCCGCCAAUUCUCAUCGACUGCCCCCACCCCAAUUGCACCAAGCGGUACAAGCACAUCAAUGGGCUGCGUUACCACCAGACACACGCCCACUUGGAGGUGGAGGAGCAGAGGAAUCCUGAGGUCGAGGAGCGUCUGUCAGACUGCGAGGAUGCCGUUUAUGACCUUAUGGAGUCCUCCACCAACGUAGCUGCUGCCACCACUUCAUCCAAAAAAGCCACCCCAAUUUACAAGGUUACCACAGUGGGCUCGCCCAAAAAUCGACGGCUGCUCCUCAGCACCAAAACCAGAAGGAGCUCUCUGCUGAAGGACGACCUCAGCAACUUGCCUAUUAUCUCCAACAUGACUGUGGUUCUGGAAAACUGCAUGGUGCCAGACCGUAGUGCCACCGUAGAAAUGCCCAAGCUGGAAGCCGAAGGUCUAAUUGACAAGAAGAUCCUCUGCGACAAGAGUAAAAAAUCCAAUGGGAAGGUGGACAAACUCUCAAAGUCACGGACUAACCGGCUGAUUGCACCAGCUCCCACGCCUCCUAAGCUUAUUGCCAUACCCAACGCGGCAUAUCCGACGGACAGCGGCACCUCACAGCAGCCUUCGUCUGUGCCAGUCGUGGGCAUGACCAGCAAAAACUCAUCCCUAAAACCCAUCAAGCCCAAACUCAAUAUCAUCAUGGAACCCAGCCUGGUUAAAUCCACAUUAGUGACCUGCAAAGAGCCGCGCAAGAAAGAGAAGCGACGAACUAAAGACAAACAAAACCGCGACGCGACUGCUUGGACGGCAAAUGGCGAUGCCGUCAAAAUGGAAGAAGGUGCUCCUAAAAUUGUUGCCAAAGAGAUUCCAGGGAGUCUCCUGAAGGAACACCUGAGCAAGCAGGAUAUGAUGAUUGGGCUCAAUGAAAGCCAGGAAAGCCGAAUGGCAAGUAUCCGUGCCGAGGCUGACAAGGUAUACACCUUCACGGACAAUGCCCCCAGUCCCUCCAUCGGAAGUUCAUCGCGGCUCGAUGCCCCUGGCGGUUCUCUGCUGAUGGGGGACAGCAAGGACAACAGCCCCGCUUACUCCGACAUUUCAGAUGCAGGUGACGACGGCGUUUCCUCUGAAAAUCGCCUUGAAGGACUCAGACCCAUGUCUGGUUCCUCUGUAUCAUCUGAAGUCAACUCUACCAGUAACCAUAGUAACACCAGGAAAACGCCACCCAUGAUAACUGCCCCGCAUCCCACAAAAGAACCUCAGUCCCCGUACUACCACAGCUUCGAGCCGUACUUCCUGCCAGGCUAUUCACAGGCAGAAAGGCAGAACACCUAUCAUAAAAGCUCCUCCAACGAUUCUAAAGCUAAAGAUCAAAAGGAGGAUGAUAAAGAUGAUGACAAAGGCCCCGCCCACGACUUUGCGGACUGUAAAAAAGGCGACGUGCCAGCAGCGCCUUCUCAGCUGCAGUUGGCCAUGAGUCAGACCCAGACUGCGUUGGCUCAGUCACUAUAUUAUGGACAGUAUUCGCGAGGCCUCUACAUAGAUCAAAAACUCCUACUGACCUCCAAGUGCUGUGAGCAGAAGCAACGUGCUGAGCGAGUGUCUACUGGGCGAGAUGGGGACGUCAGACACACCAGCGGACCUAAAGGGCACGAAGGUGCUAAGGGCUGUUGUCCCAAACCCACCCUGUCCUACUUGGAUGAGAGGGGGGAAAGAGGGCUGGGCCUGAAGGUGGACCAGCAUCAUGUCUCAGCCAAAGACUGUGAGGACAUCAAGUCACUUUCCACCUCCUCCUCCACUUCUUUGUCCUCGUUGCACCACACCCACAACACUCAGACAGAUCUGGACUCAAAUGUUCCCUAUUCCAGCCCCCCAGAUGGCCCUACGUGGCCACACCGACUGGCUCAGAGCAAAUUCUCAGAGCUACAGAGUCCACUUGGGGAGGCGGCCAACGAGGGGGACGCAGAGGUGUCAAAGGAGUGGGGGAAUACCACCGAGCCAGCCGAGCCAAAAGCGACCUCAGUAGCCCGCGAUGCCAAAAACGUCCAUGGCUCGCACAACCUGCCACCCCCUAUAGACCCAGAUGAGUCCGAUGGACAAGAAAGGCAACAGGAGGAACCUGUUGGAGUCCUGUCAGGGGAAUCCCAAAGUGCCCGGGCGGCUGUGUCUCCUCCGAUGACUCCCCAGCAGCCCUACAUGCAGUAUCAGCCCUCUUCUUACCCACCCUACCUGGCAAUGUGUGAGAGCAGCGGGGGCUCCUACAGGGGGGCAUCUCCCACACUGGUCCACAACUACCCAGGCUUCCACUACCCUUUGUAUGGCAAGACAGCGGGAAGAGAGGACGCCGAGGUGAGUUUCAUUUUUUCAGACAAGAAUGAGCUGACCGUUGAAAAACAACUUUAAAAAGUGUCUAUGUAAUUGCGUGUGUGUGUGUGUGUGUGUGUGUGUGUCCAGCCCGAUGAAAAAGGUUCUCUCGAGGCACAGCGCGAAGUCGACCGAAGUGACCGAGGCCAUGCAGUGUUGGGACGACACCUGCACACACACCAUCACACACACCUGGGACUCACUUACAACCUGGUCGCAGGUCAAUACGAUAUCUACCCGGGUUUGAGCUCUCGGUCUCUGGUGUCUGGUCCGCAAGUGUCAGGACGAACAUCAGCCGACGGUGAAGUGAAGAAGUAG